AGACGAUUAACAUCCGAUGAUGCAUGUUCCUCAUCCGCAGUUGAACAGGAGAGUCGCCAGCAUGUUGCAAAUGGCAAGGACGUUCCUUUCGAAAUCCCAUCAAGGCGUAUGCCAUCUCAAAAUCUCCAGCAUAUACCACCACCGGAUCCCCGGCAGAAUACUCCAACUGGAUUUCCACACAACCGUUCAGUUGGCAGUGACGGCUUCGAGCUGAAACAACCAGCACCUCAAUUGCGAACAUCAAUGAUGCGUGAUGAGCACACAGGAAAGAUGGUCACAGUCGUUCGAGGUGACGAUGACGAUUUCGAAGAUCCUAGACGCGGCCGUGACCAGCCAACCGGCUUGGACGGGAACUGGCGGGAUCCACGACGACAAGCAGGACCGUGUGCUCCACACCCAAAAUAA